AUGCACUGCGAGGUGGCCGAGGCACACUCGGACAAGAGGCCCAAGGAGGCCCCCGCUGCCCCUGGCACUGGCCGCGAACCCGCCGGCCUCGGCGCGCAUAUGGCCUUCAGGGUCACCGUGAGCGGCGGCGGCUGCGGGGACAGAGGUCCGCGGGACCUGAUACCCCGGCCGCCCGCGCCGCCGCCGCGCGCCCACGACCUUCUCCGGCCCCGGAGUCCCCGAGACUACGGACCGUCCAAGGUUGCCGCCGCCGGGAAGGUGAAUGGGAGCUACGGCCAUUGCACCCCAGCCUCAGAGAAGAGCCUGCUGGACCUGGACCUUGCCGAGGGCCCCAGCUCCACCUGCUGCCAGGGCCUGUUUCUCCCUGCGGGAACCCCACCACCCCGAGGUCACCCCCCAGCCUGUGAGAGGCUGCUGCAUUUCCCCCACCGAAACAGGUCACCCAGACCCCAGGCUGCGUACGUGAAUGGCAGCCUCACAACCACACAACACAUCAAGCAGGAGUGCCUGCCUGACUUCCAGGCCAUGGCAGAAGCCCGCAUACCCUUGUCUGCCCACUGCCGGACCCCACCAGCCACCGGCCUGCACACAGAACUGGACCUCCCAGGCCAAGGCCUUGCCAACCCUGCGCCUUCCUGCUACCUUCUGGGUAGCGAACCCAGCCCUGGCCUGGGCCCCCAGCCUGAGGCCCACCUCCCUGAGGGUGGCCUGAAGCACUGCUGCCUCUUGGGCCUGCCCCCCACCUCCUCCACCUCCUCUUCACCCUGUGCCACCUCUGAUGUCACCCCUGCCAUCCGCUCCUCCCAGACGCCUCUGGUCACCUGUGUAAAUGGACUCCGGAGCCCUUUUCUGCCGUUAGAUCUGGGGGGGCCUCCCAAGCGGGCCGGGCCUGGACUUGCAUCCACUGAGAGCCAUGAGGGCCAUUUGCAAUUUGAAGCCUGCAGGAAGGCGGGCUUCCUAAAGCAGGAGCCUGCAGAUGAGUUCUCAGAGUUCUUUGGACCUCACCAGCAAGGCCUGCUGCCCCCCUACCCCCUGCCUCAAUUGCCACCUGGCCCAGGCCUCGGAGGCCUGGGGCUGGGGCUAGUGGGUAGGGUGGUGGCCGGCCGGCAGGCGUGCCGCUGGGUGGACUGCUGUGCGGCCUAUGAGCAGCAGGAGGAGCUGGUGCGGCACAUUGAGAAAAGCCACAUCGACCAGCGCAAAGGUGAGGACUUCACCUGCUUCUGGGCCGGCUGCAUGCGCCGCUACAAGCCCUUCAACGCCCGCUACAAGCUGCUCAUCCACAUGAGGGUGCACUCAGGCGAGAAGCCCAACAAGUGCAUGCCGUUUCCACAGUUCUUUCAUGAGUUUGAAGGCUGCAGCAAGGCCUUCUCGCGGCUGGAGAACCUCAAGAUCCACCUGAGGAGCCACACGGGCGAGAAGCCGUAUCUGUGCCAGCACCCCGGCUGUCAGAAGGCCUUCAGUAACUCCAGUGACCGCGCCAAGCACCAGCGCACCCACCUUGACACGAAGCCGUACGCCUGUCAGAUUCCCGGCUGUUCCAAGCGCUACACGGACCCGAGCUCCCUCCGCAAGCACGUGAAAGCCCAUUCAGCCAAGGAGCAGCAGGCACGCAAGAAGCUGCACGUGGGCCCCGAUGCUGAGGCCGACGUCCUGACUGAGUGUCUGGCUCUGCAACAGCUCCAUGCGUCUCCACAGCUGGUGGCCAGUGACCGGAAGGGUGGCCAUGCCCUGGGCCAGGAGCCGCUCCCAGGUGUGUAUCCCGGCUCCAUCACCCCCCAUAAUGGGCUUGUGUCAGGCAUCCUGCCCCCCACACACGAUGUCCCUUCCAGGCACCAUCCACUGGACACCACCACCAGUCCCCACCACCAUCUGUCCCCUCUGCCCACGGCUGAGAGCACCAGAGACGGGUUGGGGCCCAGCCUCCUCUCGCCCAUGGUCAGCCCACUGAAGGGGUUUGGGCCACCCCCACUGCCAGCAUCCUCCCAGAGCCAUUCUCCGGGGGUCCAGCACUUCUCCACGCUACCCGGCAAGCCGUCCUACCCACUCUUCCAGAGCCCCCCACCCCCACCUCUGCCCAGCCCGCAAGGUUACCAGGGAAGUUUCCAUUCCAUCCAGAAUUGCUUCCCCUAUGGCGAUUGCUACCGAACGAUCGAGCCAGCAGCCAGUGGGGACGGACUGGCUGGGGAGGCCCACGGUUUCAACCCCUUGCGGCCCAAUGGCUACCACAGCCUCAGUGCACCUUUGUCUGCCACAGGCUACGAGGCUCUGGCGGAGACCCCCUGCCCCACAGCACUGCCACCACAGCCAUCUGAAGACAUGGUGUCCAGUGGCCCCGAGGACUGUGGCUUCUUUCCCAAUGGAGCCUUUGACCACUGCCUGGGUCACAUCCCCUCCAUCUACACGGACACCUGA